GUUGGUAAAGGAGAGGCCCGCGGCUUACCCCGCCGAAUACUACCCCUCACAAGACCCGGUCUUGACAGCCCACCCCGGAACUGAACGUUUAUCCGGAAUUGCUGCAUUAGGAGGGGCUAGAGGCUGAGAGAGAAAGUUCUCAGUGAUUCCUGUAUAGGUUGUCUGUUUUAACGCAGGAGGCCUAAGGCAUGUGCAAGCCAGGUUGUGACAUCAUUAUGGGAAGCACUAAUACCUUGUCUAUAAUGUGACUUGUCAAUUGAAGUUUACACCAAGAUGCCUCAAAACAACAUCAGCGGGGAGCAAACAGCUCAUGGGACCCACCAAAGCUUGCCACACAAAGCUGUGCCCGUGACUGGGAUAUUUGAAAAGGAAGGUGAAGCUACUAUGGAGCGGAAGAAGAAAAAGAAGAAAGAGCCAAGACCAGAGUCAAUUAUUAUCUAUCGCACAGGAGGCGAGAAGAUGGAAGAAGACCAGCGUGACCCAGACACCACAGCCAAGAACACAGAGGAACGGACUAACUUUCUGUGUCCUCCUAGUGUAGAAGGUGGCUGGAGCGUACCUACUGACAGCAGAUAUGUGACACUAACUGGCACAAUCACCCGUGGCAAGAAGAAGGGGCAGAUGGUGGACAUCCACGUAACGUUAACUGAGAAAGAACUCCAGGAACUAGCGAAGUCAAAGGAGCCCCUACAACCUGAAGAAAAAGGCACAAAAAAAGCAUGUGAUGUAGGGCUGUAUCGGGGUCCUCAUGUUGUCAUAUGGAGCCUACUGUGUGCUCCAGUGGUCUUUGUGUUGUCCUUUGUCAUGUCCUUUUAUUAUGGGACCAUCACCUGGUAUAACAUUUUCUUGGUUUACAAUGAGGAACGUUCCUUCUGGCAUAAGAUUACAAUUUGCCCCUUUCUGAUUAUUUUUUACCCACUGCUAAUUGUAGCAAUGUCUGUGUCCCUUGCUGUGUACACAACCGUGACACAGAUAUCCUGGUCAUUUGGUGAGUGGUGGCAAGCAGUGCGAGACUUGGAGAAAGGUUUCUGUGGCUGGUUGUCUGGGAAACUUGGUCUAGAGGAUUGUUCCCCGUACAGCAUUGUGGAGCUGCUGGACUCGGACAAUGUUUCAGGUAGUCUGUCCAGUAAGGCUGCACCAGCAGGGGAGCAGACAUCUGCUGUCUAGAGAAUGCUGAUCCAGAGAGGGGGAACCUGACUGUAGAAACUGCUUAGGACUUUGCACUCAACCACUUUUUUGUUUCUUUUCAUUCACUCUGCCCUUGUAAUGUUGUUUGACUGUGUAGUACUCAGAGGCACGUAACUAACAUCUACUUUUAGGAAGAAAUUUGAGCUACUUAGAUCAAGGUGCAUAUCCAUUUAAGACUCAUAUCUCAGCCGAUUCGUGGGAAGCUUGUUUGCUUUUCAUCAAUUCCCACUAUUACUCAGUUUCUGACGCUAGAACACCCCAGUGUGAACUAUCACACUCUUUCCUCGCUUAAGGGUCUGACCCUCCUCUGCUGCAAGCAGUUGCAAAUAAUGAUUUCAGGUCAAAUGGGGAAGAAUUACUAUUUAACUUAUUUAUUUAUUUUAAUGUCUGAAGGUGCUGGCCUGUGCCAUAACAAGCUGGGUACUUGCUGCGAAAAUGUUAGUAUUUUUGUAAAUGGAGCAGCUUAUUUGCAGAUGCUGGAAAGCCUUAAAGGUUGACGGGAAAUGAGCAUGGUUUACUACAGUAUUUUUUUUUUUUAAAUGAGCUGUGACUAUACUGCUAAGUAACUGCCCAUGUUAAUUAUAGUUCAACCAUAACUAUAGGCCUAAUUGAAGAGAAAUCAUGACUGCUGGGAUAUAGUUUUAUUUUAUGGUUAAAUCAACAGGACAGAGCUAAAGGGGAUGUAACUCUAUUAGUCAUAGAUUAUUUACAAACAUACUGUAAAUAAUACCAAUUCAACCAUAGACUUUAAUAUUUCAGGGGAUCUUAAGGCCUUGACACACCAUUUAAUGUUUAAAAAAUUAAUCUGAAGUUUAUCACAUUCAUAACACUAGAUAAUCAAUAACAGAACAAAGCUAAUUUAUAUCAUUUCAGUAGAAUCUUCGAUCUUACAUCAUUAAAGCUAUAACUGAGCUUAAUUUGAUAAUGCAACUGAACACCAUUCCAUGUUCAAGCUGUAUAUCAUCCAGAUUGAACCAGGUUAACUUUCCUAUGCUUCAAGUUUGAGCCUUGCAUUAAGCAUACCACUUGGUGGUCAUGAGUAUGUGACUCCUCAAUUGGUACAAAAUUGUGGAGGGAACAAUUUGUUUAUCUCCUACAGUGCUCUGGUUCCAUGUCCAGUUUGGCUACAGCAGGUUGUCACAUUUAGUCAUUCCUGCAUCUUAAUUAACUGCUCUCUUUUGACUUUAAAGCCAGUAAUACGUCCUUAUGUCUGUACUGAGUUGUCUGAUUUUAUAUUGCUGUCAAUGCUCCAAAGAAAACAAUUCCAGUCUAGUCAAAUCUUUCUUCUUGAAUAAAGCCCUCUAGCCCAGAAAACAUCUUGAUAAGUCUCCUCUACACCCUCUCCAAUGCAACUGCAUACCUCAGAUAGCAUAGGUCAGAAGUGACAUGAUACCAGGUUAUAGUCCAACAGGUUUAUUUGAAAUCACAAGCUUUCAGAGCGCUGCUCCUUCGUCAGGUGAAGUGCUACAAUAGCGUGGAUUCUAGAACUGUGUACAAUUCUCUAGCUGCAGCUAAAUCAAAGUUUUAUUCAGUUCCAGCAUCACUUCCCUGCUCUUAAACUCUAUGCCUGGGCUAAUAAAGGCAAGUAUCUCAUGCCUUCUUAACUACUUUAUCCACUAGUCCCACUAGCUUAAAAGGCCCGUGAACAUGCACACCAAGGUCCCUUUGAUAUUCGGUGCUUCUCAAGGUCCUGUCGUUCAUAACAUAAUCCCUUGCCUCAUUUGUCCUGCCCAGCUGCUUUGAUUCACACUAGUCAGGGUUGAAUUCGAUUUGCCACUGAUCAGCCCAUGUGACCAGCCAGUCCCUAUCCCUCUGUAAUCUAAGGGUACCGACCUCACUAUUUACCACCCCAGCAUUUAUUGCAUCUUUUGUUAAAUGACUUGUGGCUGAGUCCAGUACUUUUAAAAUGCUAGCUGCAUGAAAAUUAGUAACAAAGGAUAUGGGGAGUAUUUUUUAUACGUUCAUAGGAUGUGGGUAUCAUUGACUAGGCUAAUAUUUAUUUGACAUCCCUCACCAUCUCCUAUCCAUCACCAUCAACAGCUGCUGUCCUUGUGUCGGGGUACUGGUAGUGGUGAUAUCAUUAGAAGCCAACUUGGCAUGUGGCUUGAAAGAUAAUUUGCAGGUGGUAGUUUUCAGUUGUCUUAUCCUUCUAAGUAGUACAUGUUGGGUUUGGAAACUGCUGUCAAAAGAGCUGUUAUGUGUUGUUGCAGUAUAUCUUGGGUAGAUUGUACAUACUGCUGCCAUUGUGAAUUGGUGGUAGAGAAAAUAAGUUAUUGAGGCUGCCAACCAAGCAGGCUGCUUUGGCCUGGAUGGUGUCAAGCUUCCUGAGUGUAGUAGCUGCACUCAUGCAGCAAGCAGGGAGUAUUCCAUCACGCUUCUGACUUAUGCCAUGUAGGUGGCUUUGAGGAGUCAAAAAGUUAAGUUACUGCAGAAUUUCUAGCCUCUGAUCUACUCUUUUAGCUACAGUAGUUAUUUGAUCCAGUUCGGUUUCUGGUCAAUCUGGUGGCUCAGUGAUUAGCACUUCUGACCAGCAGUGCCAGGGACCUGCGUUCAAUUCUACCCUCAGGUGACUGUCUGUGGAGUUUGUGCAUUCUUUGUAUCUGCGUGGGUUUCCUCUGGGUGCUCCGGUUUCUUCCCACAGUCCAAAGAUGUGCAGGUUAGGUUGAUUGGCCAUGCUAAAUUGCCCAUAGUGUUAGGGAUGUGUUAGACCAUGGGUUGGGAUAGGUUAAAGGGAUUGAUCUGGGCAGGAUGCUGGUUGGAGGAUCAGUGUGGACUCAGUGGGGCGAAUGGCUGUUGGGAUUCUACGAGAUGCUCGUAGAAGAGGUUUCAGCAAUAGUAAUCCCUUCAUUGAAUGUGAAGGAAAAUGGUUAGAUUCUUUCUUGUCCAAACUCGUAAUCAUCUGAUUUCUGUGUGGCAUGAACAUGAGCCAAUUUCCACAUUGCUGGCUAGAUGCCACUGUUGUAGCUCUCUGGAACAGCUUGGUUAUGGGUAGGGCUAAUUCUGAUGCAUAAGUCUUCAGUAUUAUUGUUGAAAUGUUGCCAGGGCCAUAGCCUUUGCAGUUGCUAGUCUUCAGUCAGUUCAGUUUGCCCUUCAUGAUACCACAAAAUAGCUGAAUACACUCAUGAGAUGAAGAUGGAUCAUCCACCCACGAAAUCUGGCUGAAGUUGGUUGCAAAUGCUUCAAUCUUACAAUUCUACUUAAAUAAAAUCCCCACAGAGCAGACGAGACUCUCUGAAGAGCAUCCCACCCACACUAAGCCCCCUAUCCCCAUAACCCAUCAAUUGCCAUGGCUAAUCCACUUAGCUUCAACAUCCCUAGAUGCUCCAAUUUACAAUGGUCAAUCUCCCCAACCUGUACAUCUUUUGGACUGUGGGAGGAAACUGGAGCACCAAGGUGGAAACCCAAACAGACACAGGAAGAACAUGCAAACUCCACAUAGACAUUAACCCAAGGCUGGGAUUGAACCUGGGUCCCGGGAACUGUGAAGUAAUUGCUAACCAGUGAGCCACCAUCCCGCUCCUGCUUAUGUGCAAGUAGUCCUGCGUUGUAGCUUCACCAGCUGACUUCUCACUUUAGGUAUGUUAUAUUCCUGCACUAUUUAAUAAAUCAGGAUUUAUCAUCUGGCUUGAUGACAGUGAAAAACUGGGGAAUUUGUGGGGUCAUGCAGUGGAGAACAAAUCUAUUGCUCCUUCAAGGAUGCUCAAUUUGCGGUUGUUGGAUCUGUUUAAAUCUGUCCUAGUUAGCAAGGUGCUAGUGCUACACAACAUGUUGGAGGGCAUCUGCAAUGUUGGGGGCAGGAUUUCAUCCCCACAAGGACUAUGUGGUGAUCACUCCUAUCAAUGCUGUCAAAGGCAAGGGGAGAUGAUGGCCUCGUGGUAUUAUUGCUGGACUGUUAAUCCAGAGACCCAGUUAAUGUUCUGGGGACCCGGGUUCGAAUCCUGCUGUGGCAGAUGGUGGAAUUUGAAUUAAAUAAAUAUCUGGAAUUAAGAAUCUAAUGAUGACUGUGAAUCCAUUGUCAAUUGUUGGGAAAAACCCCUCCAGUUCACUAAUGUCCUUUAGGGAAGGAAACUGCCAUCCUUGCCUGGUCUGCCCUACAUGUGACUCCCAGACCCACAGCAAUGUGGUUGACUCUGAACUGCUCUCUGGGCAAUGAGGGAUGGGCAAUAAAUGUUGCCUGGCCAGCAACGCCCCUCAUCCUGUGAAUGAAUAAAGAAAAAAAAACUAUGCAAGGCGGAUUGAUGAGAAUGAGGUCAAGUAAAAUUCUGUCAUCACUUGUUGCAGACCCAGUCUAGUAGCUCUGCCCAUUAGAACUCAUAACAAUAAAGGAGUAUUUAGAUGUAUACUUGUGAUGUGAAGGCAUACAACACAAUGGGACAAGUGCUGAAAAAUGUGAUUAGAAUAGUUAGGUGAUGCAGAUUCAAUAGACCGAAGGGCCUUUAUCUGUUUUGUAGACCUCUGACUCUAUUACUCUAUUGUUUUAAGUAUAGAACUUCCAAGUUAACUGCCCUUCGGAAUUUUUUUAUAGUUCUUUGCUAGUGUUAACUUCUUUUAUUACAAUCCUGACUAACGGAAACAAUUGAAUAAUGUUUAUUUUACAACUCAUCAUGACUUUAAAGAACUCUGCCAUGACACCUCUUGGCAUACCCUCCCCCUUCCAAUAACUUGUCAAUUACUUCAUAAUUUGAUAAUUUGAACUCUUCAUCCCUAGCAACAUCUUAGUUGACCUAAGCACCUCAUUUUACCAAUGCUUCCAAUGUUGACACGCUCAAAGCGACACCCAGAACUGCAACUUCAGCAUAAAUAAGAUCUUGUGCAUGCUUAAAAGUUAUAUCUUUGUAUUUCCUUUUACAGUCUUGAGUAUUUUUAGUUUCUCUUGUAUAUCACCAUGAGAAGGAAUCAGUACUUUUCUUCAUCAGUAUUUAUUUCCUUAUUACUUCCAGAAUGUACUGGGACUGCACCUAUCAACUAUCUACCUUCCUGCUUAACCAACUUGUGCUCUUGUUUUGCACAAUUGUCAAAGAUAGCUGUACCCUUCAAUUUUAUGUCACGUGCAAAUUUUAAUAUUGUUUAUAUGGUUACUUAAUAAAUGAAAUUCAGUAGUUCAACUAGCACGUGUUCU